AUGACACAUUCUGCUCGAAGUUGGGACACCGUGAAGAGGAGGAACUGUAAGAAUAAAUCUUGGAAAGAAUGGAAAAAGAUGAUUAUGGAUCACUUUGGUACGCCCACUUGGAAGAGGAAAAUGGCAAUGGCAUUCGACCGAGACACCUUCAAAUGGGAAAACAGGGAAAAGCCAACGGCGUGGCUCCUACUUCAGCGUAGAAGAAUGGACGCAGCAUGGCCGUUUCUUACAAUUAGUGAACAAAUUGACAAAGUGUUGAGCCUGUGUAACGGGGAUAUUGAACAUGCAGUUCAAUCUCGUAUAAUCGACCGAUCAGACUUUGAAUCCUUUAUUAUAAUAUUUGAAGACGUAGUAACAAACACCUCGGUGUGCAGAAGCCUUCAGAAGAUGAGGGACAACCGAAGUAGUAAUUUUACGAGACGGGAAGGAGCAUCCGGCUUCAAAGACUAUAAAUCUACUGAACAUCCGAAGUCACAAGAACCCGGGAAAUAUAGAGAUUAUAAGCAAAGUAAAACUCCAAGUGGCAAUACUGGGAAAGUAGCAUUUCGGAAUGAUAAUACUAGAGGAGGUAGGUUUGAGAAGAGACCCAUUCAUGCUAUAAGCAAUGAUACAGAUGCCGAGUAUGGUAACGAAGACUUGACAGAUAAAUCAGACGAAAUAGGGGAAGAAGGAUCGGAAUCCUCGGAAGAUGACGAGUUAGACUUAUGCGUAGGAAACAUUGAUAUGAUAGGAACGUAUCAAGAAAACGAAUCUGUACCUCCUGCAGAGCAGAUAGUAGAAGAAACGGUACAGAUACAGGAACCAACUUUAUCUAUCAAAGAUUUAGCCAAGAAUUUGAGGAUAGCUGAGGAAGCAAACCUAUCAGUCAUUCCCCCACCAUUCAUUGAACGAGACGAGUUUGAGAGCCCAGAGAGCAGAAUCUUCGUCGCCAUAAGCAUCUCAGGGUUCAGCAGUAACAUGCUUUUGAACACAGGUAUCGAACCCUCAGUGGCAUCUACGAAAGUAUUGAAUAGAUACUGGCCGACGUGGCGAACAGACAUGAAGACAGUUAGAGGAGACGACAUGUACUCUAAAGAUAGGAAUAUAUUAGGAAAUAUAUCGAUACCGAUCAAGCUAGAACAUGCGCAUAAGCCAUGUUUUCUAGCGGUGAACUUUAGAGUCUUGAACGAUGACAGUCUGGAUCACAUGAUACUAGGUAGUAGAGAUUUGAGAGAAUUUCGGUUCUCCAUGCACUUGAAAGGAAGAUCAUGCUGCAAGAUACGGACAACAACAACGAAUGAAACAUUUAAGUUUCCAAUUAUACCCCAACAGAUAUGGGACGAAGCAUACGAAACAUACCCUCAGAACCGUAUCGCUACGAUUACAGUUGAAUACAAGGAUGGGUUGGACAUAGCAGAACUGCAGUCACAAGCAUCAAUACCCCAAGUAUGGGAAGAGAGCGAGAAAUCAUCAUCGCAGGUAUCCGAUGCAAGACUAAUGAUGUCCAAACCCGAGAGAGGCAGAGCACACACAACAGGGCAACACUGCAUAACAUCAGCUUUGCUAAGUAAAGGAGAAAAGGUAGAAGUCCUACUUGACAGUGGAGCGGCAAUGUUCUAUAGUUGUACAACUACUAAUGACCGCUAG